GACAGCUGAGAGGGCGGCGGGCUGUGGCCGGGCGGAAGUGACGGUCGUUUCACCUGCUGGGCAGUGCGGGGAAGGAGGAGGCGGAGAGUGUCCGUUGGGAAUUAGUCACUGCCUCAGGAGCGCCGCUGUCUCCCCGGCCGACCCUUGUUCUUCUCGCCAUGGAGUCGCCGCCGCUGCUGCGCUUGCUCUGGACUCUCCUGCUCCUCCGUGCAGAUCUGAGUGAAGGUGUGACAAUAACUUCAACGGACCAAACCAUGAUAACAAAGGCCCAGGGGGAGAGAGUCACAUUGCCUUGUGUUUUCACUCUUAGUCAGCAAGAUGAAGGCCAGCUUGACAUAGAAUGGAUCAUAUUGCAGCCAAAUGAUGAGCAAACGGUAAUUAUGUACCAUCGAGACAAGGUUUAUGAUGAGUACAAGACAGCUGGACGAGUAGCGUUUGUUAAUCCAAAUCCAGCUUCUGGAGAUGCUACUAUUGAUAUCCUGAAUUUAAAGCCCACUGACGCUGGUACAUAUCAAUGUAAAGUGAGAAAUCCUCCUAGCGUUCAGACCCAAAGAAUUCAGCUGACAGUACUUGUAAAACCAACAAAAACUAAAUGUUACGUUGAAGGCUCUCAGGAGAUUGGAACUGAUGUUACUCUGAAAUGUAAUUCUGAAGAAGGUUCUCCCAUCAUUUCAUAUUAUUGGAAGAAGGCCACUGGUACAGAGGAACUUCCAGCCACCUCGAUAUCAAACACAGGUACAGGUGAUCUUUUGAUGAAGAAUGCUUCUCAGAUUUACUCUGGCAUAUACAAAUGUACGUCUUCAAACAGAGUUGGCACAGAUGAAUGUUCUCUUGAGCUGAACGUGACCCCUCCUGUAAAUAAAGCUGGCAGAAUUGCUGGAGCAAUCAUAGGCACUUUGUUGGGUCUCUUGUUACUGGCCUUUUUCAUCUUCUGUUGCUUCAAGAAACAAAGAGAGAAGAAAUACGAAAAAGAAGUGCAUCAUGAUAUCAGAGAGGAUGUUCCUCCUCCAAAGAGUCGUGCUUCAACAGCCCGCAGUUAUAUAGGGAGCAAUCGUUCUUCUCUAGGUUCAAUGUCUCCUUCCAAUAUGGAUGGAUAUGCCAAGACUCAAUACAACAAAGUCCCAAGUGAAGAAUUUGAACGUGCUCCUGUUCAGACCCCAAACUUUCAACCACCAAAGGUAGCUGCACCUAAUUUAAGUAGAAUGGGAGCUAUUCCUGUGAUGAUUCCAGCGCAAAGCAAAGAUGGCUCGAUUGUAUAGUAUGGCAUUAAUUUAUACCUUCUGCAGUUCAGUUCAAACAGUGAUUAAGUUGAUCCACUUCUACACUUUUAAACAUAGAAUUGAUCUUCGAGCAUCAACAAGUGUGCUUGGUUCACCAGCUUUGUAUUGUAUUCUGACCAUGUGCACUAAAACCUGAAACUUUUACGGUUUAAGAAGGUAUUGAUCUGUGACUAAGCCGGAAACAAUGACAGUACGUUCCAAAAGGGGUGCUUACUAAAUGUUUAGAUGUGUCGAGUUUUGGCAGAUGGCAAAAUAUCUGUCAACAUGAAAUAAGUAGUCUAGCAAUGGUUUGAAUUGAAUAAUUGAUCCUGUUCUAAUGACUGAUAGAAUUUGUGUAAAAGUCUGGAAAAUGUGGGUUUGAAAUCUUGUAAUAUAGAUUGUAAACUAUUUUUCUCAGCUGUAAUGUUUAUAUGGUUUUCAGUUGCAAUUAACUGUAAUUAACUCUUGAUGUUUUUUAAGAGUGGUUUUAAUUGCAUAACCAUUACUAAUAGUAAGGUCUUUGUCUAUUGAAAAUGCUAAUUUUUUGUGGCCAUGCAAAUGAUUUGUUACACUGAUAUGAUGCUGCUGGCCCUACAAACACCAACCUAUUUCUUUCCUGACCAUACAACAGCAAAUGUACGUAUCUGCACAAAAUAAGUAUAUGUAAUUAUUCCUCUGCUAAGAAGAAAAGACAGGUUUAAACUUAAUUACUGAAUUAAUAUUUUGCAUUAUACCUGCAAUUCUGUCUUAUUGAAAUUGCUUCAGGUGCCUGGUAUCUAUAUAAGUUUGCCCACUCAACACCCAAGUUUGUACCUGAGAUCUGAAUUUAAGUUUCGAUAUAUAUCUAAAAAUUGUCCUUGGGGUAUAUGUGUGUAUAGUGCUUAACUUUUAUAUGUUGUGUAACUGUUUUGUACAAGUCGAAGAAGGGCAAUUUGUCCCUUGGUUUUCUUCUUAAAAUGUUACAACGUUGGUAUCUUUAAUGCCUCUUUUUACUUUCUGAUAGUAACAAAAUAUUUAAAAUUAUUUCUGCUUGUGGUGUUAUUUUAAUUACCAAAUGUAGGGGUAAAGAGAGAGAGCCUGAAGGCUAUCAGGGGAAUUCUCGACUUAAUCUAGUCUUGGAUUGUAUCUGUCCUUUAUAAUCUGAUGAAUUACUAGAAAUUUAUUUAUAAUUUAAAACCUUUUGACAUUCCCUUCUCAUUUCAUAAAUUCAGUGUAUCGGCUGUAGAUGCUUAAAGUGCCAGAAGCAUUACAACUAUCUAUUUGUUUAUAUAAUUCACUCUAUUUUUAGUGAAGUACAAAGUGUGGUAAUGCUUUUUCUUCUAGUUUAAAGAAAUGUAAGUUCUCUGUAUAACUGUGAAAAAAUCAGUUAAGAGCCUAUGCUGCAAAUACCUUUUAGUUGAUAUUUUCACACAGUAGCAUAACUAGUACACAGCAGCACAUCAGGUUUAUUAUAAAAAAUGCAUAAGCUCUUUUUGCUAAGUUUAGACACUAAACUGGAUCUUAAGGUUCUAAAUAGUUUUCUUAUAUUGAAAAGGUUUUUUUUAAAGUUAUCUGAUGCUGUUGAAGAAACCUUUUUCACCUGUGCCUUUACAACUUUUAUGCCUGAUUAUAAAGUUCCUAUUAUAAAACCUAGUGCAUGACAGUUUUUCUUAAAGGGUGCUACGAGAUGAAGGUAUGAUUCUGGAAGCACAACACUGAGACUUCGUUCCUUCUUACUUGAUUCUAAUUUUUCCUGUCAGUGGUUUGGAUGUAGCUUAAACUUUUGCAUAGCGUCCUGUAUUUCAAAAUGGCUCCUUUUUUUGCUUGCCUGUAAUAAUCUUAUGGAAUUUGAUACUCUUGUCUAUGAAACCUUUGUUCCCCCUACAGUAUCAGACAUAUAAAUGAAUAGGAUUUUAGCCUAUUGCUUUUGAAAGAAUAAUAAUAAAUGAAAUAGAGUAAUAAAAAGAUACUAACAAGACUCCUGUGACUAUUUAACAUGGUAGAAAUAGUGUUUAACACACGUGUCCAUUUAAAAUUUUACUAAAUUUAUAAUGUAAACAGAUAAAAUAUAUAAUAUACAUGUAUAAUGCUACAGCAGUCAGAAGAAUUUCUGCAUAUUUAUAAUUUGUCAACUUGUAUGUAAAAUAUAAAUGGGUAGAAUGAAAUGUAGCAUGAUAUGCCUUCAAAACAUAGCUCUUGGGCUUAGAAGGUUUGACAAUGUCUGUUUGUUUAUAAAAUUGCAUGGAAAUAACAGUAAUAAGAACUGACAUAGUGGAUCUAUACUUUUAAGGUAAAGACUGAUUCGGGACAGACGUUGCUCUAAGCACUUAACUUCUAGACCUUUCUGAAUGACUAAAACUCUAGUCUGAAGGACACUGCUGUUACAAAGUUUAUAAGAUUCCAAAAUGCCACUUUUGGUAAAUGGAUUGUCUUUAGGCUGUCUGUGCCCUCGUGCGAUUGGAGGCUUGACAUGCUAGAGAGCAGGAUAAAGGCGGUUUGAGUACCCUAAUAUAUUGUCUUCUGAAUGAACAGUUUUACUUCCCAGUUGUAGUGCCAGCCGUGUGCCAUUUCACUAUUUGGAUGGCUCUUGUUUAGAGUUCUGGUCCCUGGGGUUGAGGCAGAGUUUUUAAGCAGUUGGGGAGGAGGAAAAAUCUGGUGUAGACGCAUAUCAUAUGGCCAUUUCGCUAAAAUUGAGACACAUUUUAAAAAUAGACAUUUAUUAAUUAAGUCUUUAGAGGAAGAAUUAAUUGCAUGAUUGCAGCAUUGGGAAAUUCAGUUGGAUAAUUUUAAGUGUCAAUUGUUGAAGAGAAGGAUAAUGUGCAACACACACACACACAAAUAAACUCCUUCAAUUUAGUCCUUUUUCUACCAGGAAACAUUUCUUGAGCCUGCAGUUAUGCAGAGAAAGGUGAUAUAAAAUUAUAAAUAAUUUUAUUCAGUUUGUUUGGUACACAAAGGGCUGGCUUUGAAGGGAGGAUUUUCCCAUGAUCCCCACUUCUUGAGAUUCAAAAAAGCAAUUUUACUUAAUAUUUCCCACUUUGUCCAUGUUUUCCACAGAUGCUAAGGAAAUGUGAUGAGCUUUCUCUAAAAUUUGGGUUUUGUAUUUCAAAGUUCCACAAAAUUUUACUGAAGAUUAUCAGAGCAAAACCCCUGAAAUACAAAUGCAAUGAACCCUAAUAGGAAUAGUGCCGAAUGAAUCUUCUCAUUCCUAUUCGUAGCUAAACAUAGCAAGCAGUUAAGUUUUUUUAAAAAAAUGGACUUUUGUGGCCCUUUGCAAUGCACAUACAUCACUUUCAAAGUGCAGUUUCAUGCGGUGAGUCCUUUAGCUUUAAAAAAGCAAUCAUAUCUCCCAUAUUCAUUCUGCUAAUGGUAGCGGUUUUCUCUGGUAUAAGGAAAUGCAUCUUGAUUUCUUUUUGUAGAAGCAAGGGCAGUGAUUUUCACUAAUUCUGUCCACCCACUGAAGACCGCAGCUUUGCUUCCUGUUCUGAGUGUGAGAGUGGGCUGAUCACGGUAACAAAAUUUCAGGCAGCUCAUUGGCUGCAGCAAUAGAGGAGGAAGUGGAUGGUUGAAUACAUGCUAUUAUUUAUAUACUAGAGUCAUUCUUAUUACCGGCACGUAUUCCUCUCUUUCUCAUUGAGUGGUGCAUCUCUUCAGAGACAAGGGAAUAAAAGUCCUGAAGGAUCACAAGGACCUUUACAUUUCAGUAUGUUUACUAUUGAGGAUUGUUAGGCCUCACUAUUAACAUACAACUCAACUGAUGGAGCAGUAAUACAGGACAUUAAUAAGGUAUCGACACAGGACUGGAAUUGGCAACUAAUGCUGUAGCAUUUUUAAAGUUUUUUUUUAAAAAAAUGGACUUUUGUGGCCCUUUGCAAUGCACAUACAUCACUUUCAAAGUGCAGUUUCAUGCGGUGAGUCCUUUAGCUUUAAAAAAGCAAUCAUAUCUCCCAUAUUCAUUCUGCUAAUGGUAGCGGUUUUCUCUGGUGUAAGGAAAUGCAUCUUGAUUUAAGUGGACUAGAUAUGUGCAUUUUUAAAGGUUUUUUUUUAAAGCACUGAAAUUUUUAGGACAGUUCCAAGCUUCUAUAGUUGCAUGAUUUGUGUAGUAUUUGAAAUAAAAUUAUUAGCGAAAACUA